AUGCAGCCAGAGCCCCUGCACUGGGAGGAGUUUGCAGCAACGGGCGCUGUGAUGUGGCUGGUGGCACGGGCCCUCUACGUCUCCUGGCACCUGAGGCAGCAGCGCGCAGAAACCCGAGAACGACUUGAGGCCCUUUUGGAGGCUGUCACGGAUGCGAUGGGGUCACCUGAUGCAGUGCUGGAGCCCAACUUCGUGGAAGGUCCGCUGCAGCCAAAGGUAACUCCACCCACGGAAGAUCGAUUGCUGGAUCUCCGAAAGGCCUUGUAUCGACAGCGCCUUAAGGACUUGCUCAGCGAGGUCCCAGGAGCUGCAUUGCUUCCUGGAGCGCUCCACGUGAUCGUUCGGCGUUCCACUGUUCUACAGGACACUUUGAGCAUUUUCUGGCAAUGUCCAGUAGCCGAGCUCCUAGCUCCAAAUAUGUCCGUGUCCUUCGAAGGGGAAGUUGGCAUCGAUGCGGGCGGUCUCCUGCGGAACUGGUUUGACUCCGUGGGCCUUGCCCUCUCGGCCGAUGCCUCCUCACCUCUGGUGGCUGAGGACGGCGGACGCCACCCUGGCUCCACGCCGAAGUUUUCCCCCAGGUUCAGGAGCACAUGUGGGAGUGGAGGACGAUCCCGAGAGCCCCCAGAUGCUGCAGAGCUUUUUGGCUCUGGGCCGCUUCUUGGCCACGGCGGUGUUGAGGGGCAAGCCACUUCCUCUGCAACUGAGCUCCGUGUGCUGCAAGCUGCUGUUACGGGAGCCCUUAACUCUGGCAGAUCUCUGGCUGGUGGAUCCGGACUUCUACCGCUACCGCAUCCGGCCACUUCUGCACAAGGAUGGACUGGCGCGGUUGGAGAAAGCGCUGGGGGAGUCGUUGCAAUUCCCCUCCGCCGUUGCGCCGGACCGCUACGGACAGGCCAUGGCCGCACGAGUGACGAAGGACAACGUUGGCGCUUACUUGGCGUAUCUCAGCUCUGA